AUGAAUAGUAGCAAUAAAAACGACAAAAGUGAGGUGGUGCAAAGUCAGAACCGAAAACCAAGUGGAUUCUUCAGGAGUUCUGGCAGCCGACGAAUGUCAUUGAAUUGCGUUUCACGUAAAUCAAAGUCCGGUGCAGAUACGGCAUCAGCAGACAAGGCAAGAUCAUCAAUUGGAGAGGAUUGCAUAAUAACAAAAACAGCAACAACAACAUCGACAACACCCAUAACCACGUCGACAACAACUACAACAACGCCAGCUGUCGCUAUCAAUAGCAAAACGACCGAACAAUCAACAGAAUUGGCAACUACAACAACAACAAACGCUCCAACAUCCGCACAAGUAAGAACAGAAAUAGAAAAAAUCACUACGCCUGCAUCAUCUUUACCAGUAUCAGCAACAACCACGCCGGUCACACCAAUACACACAAAAACGAUUCUGUCAUCAUCCCGGCACGAAGCCAGCGCAACAACAAUACGAAAUAUAACAGCUACUGAAACAACCAGUCGACAAGCGAUAAAUAUGAAAACAAAUAUUUUACCGAGUGCAACAAAAACAACACCCAUUGUAGUGAGAACAAUGCCAGGCAGGGCUACAGCCAUGUCAAGCAUUGCAGGAACUGCAGCCGCGUCGAAAAAGCCAACAAUCUCAACGAUAGAACAAGAAUUUGCGAAACUUAUUAAAGCGCGUGAUAGUAAAGCGAAUAGUGAUGGCAAUUGCAAUAACAAAAAUAACAAAAACAAAUACAAAAGUAAACAUCCAAACGUCUGUCUAAGCGAGGAAAACAAUGGCAAAAUGUACAGAGUUGGCGAGAAUCGUUCACCGAGUGACAGCAGUAAAAGUUUGUUCUUAUCAGCACCUCGGACAGCAGUAAACUGUGCAUCAGUUGCAACAACGAAAACAGUACUAACGACAACAACAACAACGCCACCGAAGAUUUUGAGAUCUCCAGUGAAGGUCAUCAUUACAGCUGCAGACUCGAGCACAGACGACAACUACGCAAAUCGUCCAUCAUUACCCAGCGGCCCAAUCAGUCAUGUGCAGCCCUUUUCCAAGGUGAGAUGCAAAAGUAAUAUGAGUUAA